AUGAUGCGACGAAUCUUUUUCCUCUUGCUCUUGGUCGCCGUCUGUCUUGCAUGGUCCGCGGAAGAUUAUGAGCUGUUCAAGUUGCAUGAUGAAUUGGAAACAACUGAAGGGCCCGGAGUGACCUUUUACGAUGUCCUCGGCGUCUCACCUCAGGCUACGUUCGAACAGAUCAGUGCUGCUCUCAAGAAGAAAUCCCGCACUCUCCAUCCCGACAAAGUGAAACAUUCCUUCAUAGCCUCACGGUCGACGGCGAGCCCGAAGAAACAAGGCGGCAAGAGAAAGCCUGGGGUACACGUCUCGAAAGGACCAUCACAGCGGGAGAUUUCACGCGUUGUGAAAGAUGCGCAAGAACGCUAUUCUCGGCUCACUCUGAUUGGAACAAUCUUGAGAGGGCCGCUGAGAGAAAGAUAUGAUUUCUUCGAAGGCCACGGUUGGCCCUCCUGGCGUGGAACAGGAUACUACUAUCAAAGAUAUCGACCUGGACUGGGUACCGUUUUGCUGGGACUGUUUUUAAUUGGCGGCGGAGCCGUUCACUACUUCGUCCUGACCAUGAACUACAGAAGACACCGAGACUUCAUGGAGAGGUACAUCCGAUAUGCAAAGAAGCAAGCUUGGGGCGAUGAGACUGGUAUCAGAGGCAUUCCAGGUCUCGGCGAUCCGGUGGAUGUCGCACCUUCGAUUGAGGAAUCUGAGCCGACGGCAAAUUUGAACAGACGGCAGCGGCGAGAACUAGAUCGACAAAAUAAAAAGGAUAAGGCGAGCAAACCUGCUUCCGCUCCUAUUCCCAAACCGAUGCCUCCCUCAACACCGGAUAGACGACGGGUGACUGCAGAGAAUGGCAAGAUACUGAUCGUCGACCCUGAGGGGAAUGUGUACUUAGAAGAGGAGGAUGAGGACGGAAACAUCCAAGAAUAUCUGCUGGACCUGGAUGAGAUCCCGAAGCCCACGAUUUGGGAUACAGCUAUCUUACGCCUCCCCAUUUGGCUCUAUCGCAAAUCCGCCGGUUCAUUUUUGAAGAGUGCGCAGCCGAUUCCUGAACAUGAGAGACCUUCGCCAGACAGGGAAGGAUCACCACCUGAGCCCACGGGAAAAGUGGUUGUCUCUGAGAUGCCGACUGCGCCGGAUAUGAGCUCGAGUCAAAUAUCGGAUUCUGGGUUUGAACUUGUCGACACCACUGGUCUAGAGAAUACCAACGGUACUAAUGUCAAAAAGCGCGGCAAGAAAGGGAGGAAGUGA